CUGUAGUUGAAAAUGAAAGUAGUAAUGUGGAUUAUUCGAAGCGGAUGAAAUCGGAUUUAAAGGGAAAACAACGAUUUUUCUUCUUCUAUCGUAAAGAAUCUCCAUUUAGUCAGUUCCACUCGAGUAAAUUUAGUGUUGAUGAUAAAGAAUUCAGUUGUGCUGAACAGUAUAUGAUGUACAGUAAAGCAGUUCUGUUUAACGACGAGGUAAUGAAAAAAGCUAUAUUAAAGACAAGCAACCCGGCUGAGAUGAAGAAAUGUGGACGAAGAGUAAAAGAUUUCGAUGCAGAUGUUUGGAAUAAGCAUUGUGUGGAUAUUGUUAGAACCGGAAACGAAGCUAAGUUUUCACAGAAUGAGACGUUGAAAGAGCAGUUAUUCCAGACGUAUCCAAAAACAUUAGCGGAAGCCAGUCCUAUGGAUAGGAUAUGGGGUAUAGGACUCUCAGAGAAAAACGAAUUGGCAUGGGACAGCAAAACAUGGCGAGGGAAAAAUCUUUUAGGAUACACAUUGACUGAAGUUCGUGAUAAACUGAUGAAAGACGAAGAUCUUAUUGAUUAACGUGAUUCCCUGUGAUUCGAUUAGUUUACUUUUGGUGCUUCUUAUGUUCAGACCAUCUGAUCAUAAUAUAGGUCUUGCUCAUACUUUAAGGAUCCCGUUCAUACUUGUACAGUAAACAAACUUUACUCUAAAUAGCAUAUGAUUGAUAGAAUUCUUACUGUGAACGUACUUUGCUUAAGAAUAUUGUC